AACUCCCUCGAUCAUCUCUCUCUCUCUCUCUCGCAGUUAUCAGUAAGCAAGAGAGAGGCCAUGGCUAUGGAAUUCGAAUUAGGGUUUCCGUACUGGAGAGCCCUCCGUCGGAAGUUUGCUCCCGAAUCUCCCUUCUUCGCUGCUGGAAACAUCGUAAGGGAACUGCUCGUCAAACAGCUUGCGCUGGAUUUGACUGAAGACGAAAAGCGAGAGCUUCGGAGUAUUGUUGAUGAGGAAGGCAGGGGUGUUUUCUGUUCGAUUGUUGGUUGUGGAGCGAGGUUGAUUUGCUUGGAGGAGUUUGAAGAGCAUUACAAUGCUCGGCACACUGCAUCUUGCUCUGUGUGCUCCAGAGUCUAUCCGACGUCCCGGCUGCUCGGCAUUCAUGUUUCUGAAGCACACAGUUCUUUCUUUCAGGCGAAAGUCGCACGCGGCGAUCCUAUGUAUGAAUGCCUUGUAGAAGGCUGCGAUUUGAAAUUGAAGAGCUAUAAGAGCCGGCAACAGCAUCUGGUGGAUAAGCAUAAGUUCCCCACUUCAUUUGAGUUUUUCAAGAAGGCUCCUCCUUCCAAAAAACGUAGGCAGAAGAAUCAGAGAAAGCAAGCAUAUGUUAUGAAGGAAGAUGCAUCUGAUAUGGAUGUAGAAACUGAAGUCACUGAUGUCACUGAUCCUAUUAGAAAGCAGAAGGGGAAGAAUCAGAGGAAGCAAGCUAAUCUCAAGAUGCCCGAUGCAUCUAAUAUGGAUGUGGGAAAUGAAGACAUCAAUAAUCUCGUUUCUGCUGUCUCCAAGUUAAGCACUUCAGACUCCAGUCCCUCAUCCAUCAGCUUUGGUCGUCGGCACACUCGUGGCCUGACGUUUGUCCCACGAGCCGUUCAACGUGAGAAGAAACCAGACUCCACUUGAGAUAAAAUACAGAUAUCGCGACCUCACAACCUAAUUGACGCGGAAAUUGCUAUAAAUGUUUGCCUUCCACCAGAGCAAAUACAUGAUGACUUCUCAAUAUGUACUUGAAACAUAUUGUAGAGAAUUGUCUCAGAAAAUAUUGAAUGCUGCAGCUGAGUAUUUGUUUAGUUGAGUGUCUGAUUUCAAAGCAUGUGUUAGGAAAUGCUAAUGGUGGUUACAACAGUAACGUUGGCGACUUAAGGCAGGUGCUUCCUAUGAUACCUUCCGAUCUUCUGUAACCUCGAUCAAUGGCAUCUACAUUUUGAAGAUUGAGUUUCAAAGACCUACUAUUUUGGUACUUAAUAGCAUUUGCACGAGCCAACGGUACUCGU